CUAUCUUUCAACGACUUUCGUUUGUUGGUUUAUGAUUAUUUUACAGGUUUGGCGCGCCCGAAGCCAAUUCUUCAUUUGACUUGCUCGUAUAGCUGGAUAUUUUGGCGAUGAACAAUGGUAAUCAGCUCAACUCAAGUGAUACUCAUGCGAUGGCCCCGUUUGUCAACCCCCUCACCAGCGAAGAAGAGUACGCGUUACGCAAGGCCAAGAUCGAGGAGGCCCGGCAGAAGCUCUACCAGAUGGAACUAGACAAUGAACUACAGGAGACGAUAAGAAAAGGGCGGGAGGCUGAGCAGAAACUGGCGGAUAUGAGAGCGUCCAUGGCAGCGGAAGUACCCAUCGCAGCAAGGCCUUCAUCAGGGAGUGGCUCUGGCUAUUAUCCUAAUGCAAUAUAUCCGUCUGCGGAAGACGCCCCUUUAACAGCCAGAAUCGAAGGAGAAGUGCGCGAAUCGCCCCCAAAUUCAUCUAGGCCGCCCACGCAAGUGCCAUACUUCUACCAUCCUAACCACCCGACCACCAUUCAGCCGCAAGAACCUUCAUUUCAGGCGCAUGCUCUCCAAUUUUCGACCCAGCCCCCGUUGCAGAGGCGAUCCUUGGGGCAAACGCAAGCGCAGGCACCCGCAAGACCUCAAAGUUCAUAUCUACCAUAUACUCGUGGCCCCGCAUUCGCUGUUAACAGGCUAUCAACAUUCAUUGCCCACCUCCGCUGCACCAACCUAUCCCCAGCAAACAGUGUAUCGGAGUCACCAACAGCAACGAUUUAGCGAGGAUUACUGGGCACGGCAGAGCCAGAAGUACGCUGCAGAGCUGGCUGCUGCAGGUGCGCCACAGGCGCAAAAUC